AUGGCCGCCCAGCCUGCUCUGGCCCUGCUGCUGCUACUCCUGCCGGCCCAGAUCCACUCGGAGUCAGAGGCAACCUCCCCCAUCCCGACCCCAACCCUAAGCAGCAACGUGUCGCACCCCAAGCUCAGGGCCGGAGGCGCUUGUUCCCAGAACACAAACAGAACCUGUGAAGAAUGCCUGAGGAAUGUCUCUUGUCUGUGGUGCAACACAAACAAGGCUUGUCUGGACUACCCAGUUACAAAAAUCCUGCCACCCGCUUCUCUGUGUAAACUGAGUUCUGCACGCUGGGGUGUUUGCUGGGUGAACUUUGAGGCGCUGAUCAUCACCCUGUCUGUUUUGGGGGGCACCAUCCUGCUGGGUGUUGCCGUCUGCUGCUGCUGCUGCUGCCGGAGGAAGAGGAGUCGGAAGCCGGACAAGAGCGACGAGAGGGCCAUGAGGGAGCGGGAGGAGAGGCGGAUCCGCCAGGAGGAGAGGAGAGCGGAGAUGAAGUCAAGACAUGAUGAAAUCAGGAAAAAAUAUGGUUUGUUUAAAGAAGAGAAUCCGUACGCCAGAUUUGAAAACAACUAAAACACUUUGAUGCCAGCC